AUGAUCCAAACAGAUCGCUUGUACUCUGCUGAUGAUCUGUACACGAUUCGGCAGAGAGAGGACGAACCCCUAUGGGAGUACGCAGCGCGCUUCAAUCACGAAUACUUGAGGUGUCCAGAAACAGACGAUAGGGCAGCCUUCGGUGCCCUCAAAAGUGGCCUUCGGUCCCCUCACUUCCGGUACCUCGCGGCAGUUCAUACGAAAGCCGAAUAUUUCAACUCCAAACCCGGGCCUUCGGCUCGGAAGGAGGAGUCAGUGACCAAAAGUUAUCAGGGGCGAAUUGACGAUUCUUCGGCAGGACACAAACGGAAGAACGACCGUGAUAGUCGUCAGGGAAACUCGAAGAAAGGGCAAAGGAAGUACGGUCGUAACGACCACCGUGCGCCGCUACCAAAUCACGAUUGUGCCCAGGAAGUCUUCACCUUGCUGAACACAACAUACGAGACCGUUCUGAUGAACGAGCAUGACCAAAUCCCGAAGCCAACGAACCGGAAGCCCAAUCGGCAGGAUAAUCGGGACACUGGCAAAUUUUGCCGAUACCACCAGCAGAACAGCCACAACACCGAAGACUGCAUCAGUCUGAGGAAGAUCGUUGAGCGUCUGAUUCGAGAAGGAAAGCUGGAUCAUUACAUCGCCAGGCCACCACAGGCAUCAGCACCGAACGCGAAUCGGCAGAUCAACAUGAUUAGCACCAUCAGCGGUGGCCCCACUCUAGCGGGACCCUCUAACCGUUCAAUGAAACAGUAUGUGCGUGCCGCUCACUACUCUCAAGUCUUCGGCAUAGAAGACGAUUGGUGCCGAAAGGUCCCGAAGGUGGGGUGGGAGCCCAUCACAUUCUGCGAAGAAGAGGAGGAAGGGAUCGUUUACCCCCACGAUGACCCAAUUAUCAUUCGGGCCGAGAUCGCUGACUACGAUGUAGGUCGGGUGCUGAUUGACACCGGAAGUUCGGCGAACGUAAUUUUUGCCGAUGCGUUCAAAGGACUGGGGAUUGCCGACAACAUGGUCAAUCGGCAAAUAACGCCCCUCCUCAGUUUUUCUGGAGAUCUGGUCUAG